AAAAGCACCCAAAGAACUACACACUACUUCUACUAUACAAUUCUCGUGCUCACCAACAUUCUUUACCAAUUUUGUUUCUCUCUACCUUUUUUUAUUUACACAGUGAAGUGAUUGAUUUGUACAAAAAAACAAAACGUGACUGGUACUGAUUUUCGAAGAUCAGAAGGAAGAAAUUGUCUAAGGAGUUUUGGAUUACAAACACUGAAAGAAUAUUAUGGAAUGCUGACAGAAUAAUGGAACAAUGGAAACGUCGAAAAGGCCAAGCGGUUGCCCUGCUGCUACUGGUUGCUAUGGUUUCUCAGGUGGAAAGCUGUGGUUCAGUUGAAGGGUUGUCAGGGGUGGAUAAGCAGUUGGCGAAGUACGUGGAUGGCAUCUUCAGCGCGGAUAGUGUGGAUGUGAUGCCUGGUGUCGGGAUUGAAAGAGUUAGGAAUGGGACAGAGGAGGAGAAUUGUUCUGAAGCGAAGAGUUUGGCAUCAGUGGAGGACUACUUCUACAAUAAAUGGAACGACUUCAGCAAAAACCACGUCGUUUCAGUGAACAUUCCAGAAACAGCCAGAUUCCUGAAAAUAGGUACUGGUAAAAGCUCAUUUCUGGCCGGUUUCGGUAUGGGUUUUCUAGCGUUCGCAUUGAAGAAACUGCUGCUGCCCGUGUUCAUCGGUGCACAACUGGUGAAGUCCGUGUUGAUCGCGAUGUUCCUGCCAUCGAUCCUCGGAAGUCUAGGUAAAAUCGUCGGAAAAGGUCUGUCAACGUUCUCAGGGUUCUCCGGGUCCUCGGCGGGAUUAGGAGGCGCCGGCGCCAAUCAACAAGUUGAGGAUUUCGAGUUCAAAGACACCGGACCCUAUAAUAACGACGUCGCUGAGACUACGAAUACGGAAACACCACAGCAGGCUAUGAACAGGUUGAGCUUUGAGCAUGCUAGGAAUCCGUUCCAAGGAAACGAGAAUUAUUACUACAAACAUUCGAAUAAGAAGACGGAUUACAAGGUGUUCCACAAGAUACCAUCCUCGUCGAUGCUCUUGACCACCUACGAUCCAUUCUACAGUCCUCUUCUCUCCCGUCUGGACUCUGUAUUCCAGCAGCUAGGAUUAGGGUCGAAGGGCGCCGAUACCGAAAAGUGUAGGGAGCGACUAGUCUGCAUGAUGUACGCAAAUCCUGCGAAAUACGCGCCCUACAGUAACCUAGUCUCGGCACAAUUGAGCAGAGAAUUGAACGAGCUGCGUAAACCGGCUUCAGAUAAUCCCGAGAUCCUGCGGUUCUUCAAGUACAUGAAAGCGGCGAAGGAUGGUCAGGAUGGAGAGGAAUGUUUAGCACAUGGUGGAUGUCCUUCGUUAACGUCGCAUCAGCAGAGUCCUGCGAUGCUGACUACAUUCAACGAUAUCAAUAAACUGGUGCAGGCCCGGAAAAUCCAAUGAUCACGCACGUUGUCAUGGAAACGAUCUCCAUCACUUCCUCUCACCGGAAGUAACGCAGUGGUUCCAAAAUACAAAACUAAAAAAAACAAGCAAAAAUUUUACAGAAAACCAGUCAAAAUUCAACAAGUACAAAAAUAUAUCUGGAUUAUAUUUAUUUAAACAAUUUGCAAAAGCCUCUUGUAAUGAUAGCACCAAGUUAAUUAUCCUUAUUUUCUACAUUCAAAACCUAACGUAUUUAUUUAUUUCUUUUAGUUAGAUUUUUUUCAUAUUUCAUUUCUUUUUU